GAAGGAAAAAGCAAACAAAGAUGUUCAAAAGUGCAGGCGGUGGCAAAACAGGAAUGUGUGGAUAAAUUAAUUAACAUCACUAAUCGGCAAAUGAAACAAAAGAUUACUGUAAGGAAGAAUGAGUGAAAAUGGAGAAUGAAAACACGAUAGAAGAAAAAGACAAAAAGAGUUUUUCAUCUGGGGAGAGCUCAAAAUUAUUAAAAUGCCAAUGAAAGGGCAGCACCAGUCCCGCUGUGUCACCACAUUUCCUUCUCAACCUGGACUUGGGACAGAGACCAGUCCUGCAGACACCUCGGCAAGGAGGAGCCCUUGAUGAGGACGACGACGAGCCGCUUUUGGACAUACAGGAAAACUAUGCAACUCCCAUGUACACACUGCACAAAGGAAACAGCUUUAAGCAACCACCGGUGAAACGUGGAAGCCUUUUAAGAUCUCUGGAGCUGGCACAGGAAUGCUCUCCACCCCCCAUACAAAAGGCAUUUCAGUUUCAGGUCAGACUGUCUAGGUGGUAUUUCCAUGCAUUUCUACAGAAUUAAAGAAGCUAACAGACAAAAAGCCCAGAUCAAGCCAUAUUAGUCAGGCCGAUUGGUUCUACCAAGUUAGAUCAAUAGUGAUUAUGAACAAACGGACCAAGUGACCAAAGACUGGGGCUGAGAAUACCACUUUUUGAGAUGUGGUUUCUUUUCACUGUACUACCCAUAGAACUGGAGCGCUCUGAUAGAAGUAUCGGCAUUAGUAGAAGCCUCAGAAGCAUCUGACCCGCUAGCUCUCUCAGGAGCGCAUCUCUCCUUUCUAGGGCUACCCUGGGUAUGGCGGGUGAGGAAGCUACACGCAGGCAGGCUCCAAUGGCUGACUCGGCUCCCGCUGGCUCUGGAGAGGCACAGAAGAAUAAGGCAGGAUGGAUGUCUAUGACCCUCAGAUGCUGAAUGUUGCGCUCUUUGGAGGUUUGAUGGUGGUAUCGGCCAUCGGGAUCUUCCUGGUGUUCACCUUCACGGAGAAGGUCCUCCGUCCUUCUGAGGAAGCCUUGGCCAAGCAAGGCAAAGGGCUUAAGAAGACUCAGCAGAAGGAAAAAGAGAAAAAGAAGAAAGAGGAAGCUGUUGAGAAAAAAGGAAAAGGAAAGAAAAAUCAAGAGAAACCUAAUGGACAGGUCCCAGAGGCGCACCAAAGUGCUCCAGUGGUCAGCUCUGUCACCCUAAAGAAAAGCAAUGUUCUUCCAGCCCAUGAGGAGCAGAAGCAUAAUGGACCUGUCAAGAAGGUGGCUGCAUCCAAGAAGAAGAGCGAGCCAGCACCUGUGGACUCGGAUGGGCCCCUCCACCUGCCCUACAAGAUGCUCGUGUCCACGGUCAGCAGCACGGUGUUCGGCGAGGGGGAGGCCCAGCGUCUCAUCGAGAUCCUGACGGAGAAAGCGGGCAUCGUCCAGGACACCUGGCACGCGGCCAAGCAGAAGGGUGACCCUGUCACUGUCCUGAAACGCCAGCUGGAGGAGAAGGAGAAGCAGCUCGCCACCAAGCAGGAGGCUGCAGCCGCUGCCAGAAACAAGGUGGAGGAGCUGAGUCAGGAGCUGGCGGCCGAGCGGGCCAAGGCGACGGCCGUGGAGGGCAAGCUGAAGGAGCAGCUGCUGGCCCGCGAGCAGGAGAUGGCAGCGGUGCAGGCACGCGUGCAGGCCAGCUACCAGGACCAUGUCAGCGAAACGCAGCAGCUGCAGGGCAAGAUCCGCACCCUGCAGGAGCAGCUGGAGAAUGGCCCCGACACGCAGCUGGCUCGCCUGCAGCAGGAGAACUCCAUCCUGAGCGAUGCCUUCUGCCAGAUCAGAAGUCAGAUGGAGAGCAAGCAAAACGCUGAGGUGGCCAGGUUACAGGAGUGGUGCGGCAAGCUGAUGAACGAGCUGUCUGAGAAGUCAGAGGUGCUGCGGCAAGAGGAGCAGCUGAGGAAGAGCCGGAAGAUGAAAGUGGCGGCCUUGGAGAGGCAGAUGGAGCAGCUGCAGGAAAAACUAGGAAAAAAAAAAAAGAAAGAACCGGGGCCAGGCAGCAAGCAAACUACAGGAGCGACUGAAGGUUACCCAGGACCAACUGGCCAAAGGGAGACUGAAGAAGUGUAAAGAACAGCUUCAGGAAACGAGGGAAGAGGACAGCGUGAAGGAAGGGACUUCAGUCUGACCAGUCUGUGACCUAGACCUUACCGUCACCUUACCAAAAUGCCUUACACAUUCCUAAAACGAAAACUAAAAAUAUAUGCCUGAUUUACUGUAGAAAAAAGUUGCAAGCCAUUCGUGACCUAAAAC